GCGAUGGCGGGAGGCGGCAGCAUGGCGGCCGAGGCGCCGCGGGAAGCGGUGUGGCCGGAGGGCGCGGGGGCCGAGGCGGGCUUCGUGCGCGCUGUGCUCUCCCUGCUCGAGAAGCCAGACACCACCGUGCGCUUCUUCGAGCGCGGCGACUACUACUCGGUGCACGGCGCGGACGCGCGGCUGGCCGCCCGCGAGCUGUUCCGUACGCGGGCCGUCAUCCGGCAGCUGGCGGGCGCGCCAGGAAAUCAGAAACUGGAGAGCGUUGUGCUCAGUAAAAUGAACUUUGAAUCUUUUGUGAGAGAUUUGCUGCUGGUUCGUCAUUACAGAGUGGAAGUUUACAAGAAUAAAGCAGGGAGUAAAUCUGUCAAAGAGAACGACUGGUAUUUAGCAUACAAGGGUUCUCCGGGAAAUCUUGCCCAGUUUGAGGAAGUUCUCUUUGCCAACAAUGAUAUGUCAAUGGCCAUUGGGGUUGUGGGGGUGAAGCUGUCUUCUGCUGAUGGACAAAGAGUAAUAGGAGUAGGGUAUGUGGACACUACGCUGAGAAAACUGAGUGUCUGUGAGUUCCCAGAUAAUGAUCAGUUCUCAAACCUUGAGGCCCUGCUGGUUCAGCUAGGACCUAAGGAGUGUGUGCUGCCAGGAGGAGACACUGCAGGAGAGAUGGGGAAACUGCGGCAGGUCAUUCAGAGAGGAGGAAUCCUGAUUACAGACAGAAAGAAGGCAGAUUUCACGACAAAGGAUAUUGUUCAGGAUCUCAAUCGCUUGUUAAAAUCGAGAAAAGGAGAACAAAUGAACAGUGCAGCAUUGCCAGAGAUGGAAAAGCAGGUUGCUGUUUCAUCUUUGUCAGCCGUUAUCAAGUUUUUGGAGUUGCUGUCAGAUGACUCUAACUUUGGACAAUUUGAACUGACUACUUUUGAUCUUAGUCAGUAUAUGGUUCUAGACAAUGCAGCUGUCCAAGCCCUCAACUUGUUCCAGAGUUCUGUGGAAAAUGCUAAUAAUACACAGUCUCUGGCUGGUUUACUAAAUAAAUGCAGAACCCCUCAAGGACAAAGACUGGUUAAUCAGUGGAUCAAACAGCCACUGAUGGACAAGAAUAGAAUUGAAGAAAGGUUGAAUUUGGUUGAAGCCUUUGUGGUAGAUACUGAACUGCGUCAGGGCCUUCAAGAAGAUCUUUUGCGCCGCUUCCCAGAUCUUAACCGGCUAGCAAAGAGAUUUCAGAGACAAGCAGCAACCUUACAGGACUGUUACCGAAUGUAUCAAGCUAUUCACCAACUGCCUAAUGUUGUACAAGCACUAGAAAAACAUGAAGGAGCUCACCAGAUGUUGUUGUUGGCAGUGUUUAUAACACCUCUUAAUGAUAUCCACUCCGACUUCUCAAAAUUUCUGGAGAUGAUAGAAACAACAUUGGAUAUGGAUAAGGUGGAGAAUCAUGAGUUCCUUGUUAAGGCUUCUUUUGACCCCAACCUGACAGAAUUGCGAGAGAAGAUGAAUGAGCUGGAAGAAAACAUGCAGACCUUGUUAAAGAGUGCAGCCAAAGAGCUUGGUUUGGAAGCUGGUAAAAGUAUCAAAUUGGAGUCAAAUUCACAGUUUGGACACCACUUUCGAAUUACUUGCAAGGAAGAAAAGGUUCUUAGGAACAAUUCAAAGUACAAGAUAACUGAUACACAGAAGAAUGGUGUGAAAUUUACAAACAGCAAGCUGAGUGCCAUCAAUGAGGAUUACAUAAAGAACAGAGAAGAGUACGAAGAGGCUCAGGAUGCAAUUGUUAAGGAAAUUAUUAACAUCGCUUCAGGUUAUGCAGAGCCAAUACAGACCAUGAAUGAUGUAAUAGCUCAGUUAGAUGCAAUUGUCAGUUUUGCUCAUGUGUCAAACGGAGCGCCAGUGCCGUAUGUUCGUCCUGUCAUUCUGGAAAAGGGGCAAGGAAGGAUUGUGCUGAAAGGCGCCAGGCAUCCUUGCAUCGAAGUGCAAGAUGAGGUGGCCUUCAUCCCCAAUGAUGUUACAUUUGAGAAGGGCAAGCAGAUGUUCCACAUUAUUACUGGCCCCAACAUGGGUGGAAAGUCAACGUAUAUCCGACAGACAGGAGUCAUUGUUCUUAUGGCCCAAAUUGGGUGCUUUGUACCAUGCGACUCUGCAGAAAUAACCAUUGUGGAUUGCAUCCUGGCUCGAGUAGGAGCUGGAGACAGUCAGCUGAAAGGUGUGUCUACUUUCAUGGCUGAAAUGUUGGAAACUGCUUCAAUCCUUAGGACAGCAUCUGAAAACUCUUUGAUAAUUAUUGAUGAGCUGGGAAGAGGAACUUCAACCUACGACGGCUUUGGCUUGGCGUGGGCUAUUUCAGAGUACAUUGCUAGCAAAAUUUGUGCUUUCUGUAUGUUUGCUACACAUUUUCAUGAACUGACAGCUCUUGCUGAUCAAGUUCCAACAGUAAAUAACCUACAUGUUACUGCUCUAACCAGUGACGACACACUGACAAUGCUGUAUCGUGUCAAGGCAGGUGUUUGUGACCAGAGUUUUGGAAUACAUGUAGCAGAGUUGGCAGCUUUCCCAAAACAUGUGAUAGAAAGUGCAAGAGAGAAAGCACUGGAACUGGAGGAGUUUCAAGACAUUGGCAGGCCCAAGGAAUCUGAAGGAGAGCCAGCAGCCAAGAAAUGCUACAGAGAAAGAGAGGAAGGUGAAAAGAUCAUUCAGGAUUUUCUCUGUCAAGUGAAAGCAUUGCCCCUGACAGAUAUGUCAGAAGAAGACAUCAAAACCAAGCUGAAGCAGCUGAGAGCUGAUGUGUUGGCAAAGAACAACAGUUUCGUGAAUGAAAUCAUUUCCAGAACAAAAGUUACACCAUGAAAGAUGUGAAAACAGGAUGCAGCUCUUGAAGUUGUUUUUUUUUUAAAAUUGAUUGCAAGAACUACCAUUUUCUUGUUUUAUAGUUUUUAUGUGUGAUAAUGCUUUGUAUGGAUUUAUGUAGGUUUUUUUUUUUUUUUGAAUUGUAAUUGUUAAAAAACUAAAAUUCUGCACCCAUUCUUUACCAGGUUCCUGCUUUAGCUCCCAUUUCUUGUGUUCUCUUAGAAAUCUUCAAUAAAAUGCUUUUUUUUUUUUUGUAUUGAAAGAAUUAUUCAAAUCAUAUAAUCUUUUGCCAGAACAGAAGUGUGCCAUUAAGGAUAACCCUUCAGAUAGCAUAUAACUGUCACAGACUUGAAAAACAGCAUCUCAUAUACACAAAAUCUUUAUCCCAUACAAUUAUGUUGAUUAAUUUGAUAAAGUUUUAGUAAUGCUCUAUUAGUGCUCCAUUAGAAAAAAUCAUCAUAAAAUUUACAGGAGUACCCAGGUGGAGCUUUGGUGGAAUCAUAGAAUGGUUUGUGUUAGAAGGGACCUUUAAGAUGAUGUAGUUCCAACCCCCUGCUAUAGGC